AAAUUAUAUUAACCGGCAACGUUCGACGGAGAACGCAUCUCUGUCUUUGUUUAAUUUCAUAUUUACGUAUACCCCACAGAUUAAAGAGUACCUCUGUGAUCUGUGCGUAACCCAACCACCUGUGUGACGGUUGUUGUCAAAGUUGAUCAGAAUAUGAAAUAAAACCAAACGGUUUUUCCUGAUGAUUUUAUGAGAAGUUCUGUAUGUUUCUUUCUGGAAUUAACAUUGUCGAUUUAUCAGGUUACUGUUUUGAUAUUUGAAGGAGAGUAUUGUUUUUAUCAAUAUAUCAACAGUAUCGGAAUGUAUCAAAUCCGAGUUUUGUCAGCUCGAUAUUUUAAAUCAAGAACACAAGUCCAGCAUUUUUAUUAGUUAGCAAAUGUCCAGUGAAACUACAGUAGUGCUAAUUUAUUGCCCAUGAAAUGGCUGCCGAAAUGGGAAGUGAAAUAAAGAAUGAUCACGUUAAAGCAUUUGAAUCCCUAUCGAUUAUCAGCCAUAAUUGCAGUUCUGGCCCUUCAUUGCGAGGAACUCAAAAGCUGAAAAUCACAGAAUGUAUGAAUGAACUUGAGAAGAUUGUUUAUUUGGUCGAUGCACACGUGCCUAAAUUGCGGGAAAGAACAGCAUUCUCGUACCACCUGCAAGCGGAACAAGAAGAAUGCAAGGAAGCAGCUGACGAAUUUCGCCAGUUUAAAAAGUUGAUUUUUCCCCCUUGCAAUCAAACUUUAGAAGAUGGUUUUAACCUAAUUAUGCAACAAAUUGCCGAGCUACCUAAAGAAUGGACAAUAGUUCAGUUAACUUCUCAGUAUUCCCCAGAAGAGCAUAUUAACUUCAACCGUAAAAGAUACUAUUCGACCGGUUUGCACAUUUCGGUGUUCAAUUGUGGAACGGAUAAAGCAGUUCCGUUUGUGGUCACUGUACCUCCUCCCACAGUAAACGGAGUCAAAUUAGAGUUAAUGCAGGCGCACAUGGAUGGUUUGGCUAAUUACCAGUCCGAAUUGAACUCAAGAGUGAACCAAAAAGCUUUUAGAAAUUAUCGAGAUAGAUUAAUUUAUGUUCAGAAAUAUGAAGAAAUAGAGAUGUGUCUUAAGGAGACCAUCCAAAAUAUAACAUGCCAUUGGUUGCGCGAAUGGCGAUGCCUGCUUUCUGGGAAGUUUGAAGAGAAAAGAAUUGAUAAUUUUAUCAGAGAUGAAUUGGAAGAAAUAAUAAAAAAUGUAUUACCUGAGCAAACCGUCUCAAACAGAGCGAAAGACUUGCUUUACUAUGUUGCCAAAGGAGCAUUGCAUUUGAGCGAUAAAGAAAUUAUCUCUUCAAUGGCGCAGAUCUUUGGAGAGGAAGCCCCUUUGAAGGUCCUAGUUCGUUUAAUAAAAAAACUGAAUGUUGAAUUAUUCUCCCAAUUUACCAAUUUCGCAAAGCACCCACUAAUUUUGGUGAUUGAUGAGAACUUGGACAAUUUACAUUGGGAAAUGAUGCACGUGCUGAGAGAAGAGUCUGUGACCAGAGUACCGUCUUUGCAUUUUGCAUAUAUUCUUUUCAAAAUGCAUGAGAAAGACAUGGAAAACGGAUAUAAGAUAAUAUCGAAUUAUAAAAACGGACAAUAUAUAGUAAAUCCGGAAUCAAAUUUGCAAAAAAUGGAGAUUCGUAUGAUGGGAUUCUAUAAAUAUUGGCUUGAAGACUGGAAGGGAAUUAACAAUCGUCAGCCGACUAGUAAAGAAUUUUGUGCGAUGCUAGAAGAUUCGGACAUCUUUAGUUACAGUGGGCACGGAAACGGCACACAUAUUGUGUCUCUGAAUGAUCUGAGACCCCUUCACAUUAAAGCCGUGGUAUUAAUGUUUGGAUGCGCCAGCACCCGCAUACAACGCCAAGGACCGCAAUCCGAUACUUUAAGCUCUUAUCAUGUCUACUUGACAUCACGAUGCCCCUGUCUUCUCGGCAUGCUUUGGCCGGUGCAUGACUUACCGACUGAUCAAAUAACAACUUGUUUAUUGAGUAGUUGGCUGCCAUCCACAGCCCCAAUCCCAUGGGAAAACGUCAAUAAAACAUUGUGGCUCAAAGCGCAGCAAACCGGUGAAUUCACCAGCACAAUCGUUUCCAUGAAUCAUGAAUCUGAUGUGGUGCUUUCGAGAGCUCUGGCUAAUACAAAGCAUAAGUUAUUCAAUUAUGUAUGCUUAGCCGCUUGUGUUGUCCGCGGUCUGCCCGUCAAAAUAAAAUUGAUUGAUAAUUGAUUGAAUUGAUAGUCUUGGUUUGCAAAUAUAACUGUUACUUUUUAAGUUUUUUUUAGUUAAGUUUAAGUUACAAUUUGAAAGUUGUGUUUUGUCAAGUGUAUAUAAGAAUGUGAUUCAUUUGCGAAACAUUCGCCCUUUAAAUGUUACAAAACAUGAUUUCUGAGCAGCUCUAUAAGUUAAUCAAGUACAUGUUUUGUAACACUAUUACUACACAAAAUGCAGUAUUUUAUACAGA